AUGCGCGUUAAAACGCUGAGGCAGAUAAAGAAUCAACGGGGACACCGGAAUAACCAGCAUAAUCAUCCGGCACACCACCACAGCCAUGGUGUCGCCAACGUUGCUGCCAUUGAUGCGCGGUUCCUGUCCCCCGAGAGACUGAACGCGAUCGUGAACUGCAUGAAUCCACCGUACAGGAUGCCGCCACAGCCGCUCGGUGCGUACGGUAUGCAGCAACACCAGCAGCAGCAGCAUGACCAUCCCCACCAUCACCCCAGCAUACCGGGCACGGCCUCGACGGAGGUGCACGUCCUCAACACGCCCCUGCGCACCCACUCGUCCAAGUUUCCGAUCGAACGAGAACUGAUACUGUCGUCCAACAAAAACUCUUCCAAGAUCCCGCUGAUGCAGGACAACCGCAACACGAGCAUUCCGGCCCUGCUGAACCGCUCCUCGACGUCCGCCAUCGGGCCGGAUCUGCCGGUGAAGCAAACGCAGGCAUGGAACCAGCCCCAGAUGGAGGUGAUGCACCCGGGCAUGUCCGGGUCGAUGCCUCGCACGAUCGUGCGCUUUCCCGAGGACGUCACGGCGCUGGCGUCGGACCGGGAAGUGUCCGGUCGGGAGAAGGACACGGUGAAAAAGUCGGUCACCAAAACGUACCACACGCUCAAGGACCUCAUCUCUUCGAAGUUCAAAAAGGACGGCCACGAGCAGGGCGACGAACUGAACAACGUCACCUCGAUGCUGCACGGCCAAUCGAACGUGGCCGACCUCCAGGGCCACCAGGGCCAGCAGUUGCAGGCACUCGGAGGCGGCGGUGGUGGCAAUCAGAGCGGAUCGUACCUGUACAGUUCGGCGUCGGACAACAACUUGCUGCAGGCCCAGUCGAACUUGAGCGUCGGGUGGCCUUCGGCGAGCCCGAACCACUCGCCGCUGUACUACCACAAAAAGUUUGCCGAUCCGGCCGACAGCUACGGUGCCGGUGACGUCGGUGGCACCGUUGUGAACGGGUUGCGUGGCUCGAAGGCACUUUCGCAACCACAGCUGAACGUUGGCGAGCCAAGCGGAGCGACGGGCCGAUCGAACGUGAUCAGUAUGAUGCCGGCGGCACCGGUGGACGGGACGGACAGUGACGACGGAGGCUUUCGACAGCACAGCAGCCGGGGGCACAACGGCCAGCAGCAGAUGCUACCCGGACGGCCAGCUCAGCAGCCUUCGUACGUGCAGAACUACCGUCACAAUCACACCCAGCAGCAGCACCAGCAACACCACAUGUCGUAUCAGCAGGCCAAACAGCGAUCGGCGAUCGAGGGAGGAUCAGCCGUUCAGUCCUUCAACACGCACACCACCGUGCUGGUUGGGGAGCAGUCGGUCCACCACGGUGGCGAGCACGGCAUGCAGAAGCACACCAUCUCGGUGGACACUCAUCACCGGCACCAUCCGCAGCAGCAGGAUGGUGGCUACGAGGCGGGGAACUACGACAAAAACGGUAACCACUCGUCGAACGUGGACUCCGGACGGGGUAGCUCGUCGAUGGCCACGGCAACCGGUGAGGCUCUGAUGGACAAGGGCAAGAGCAAGUCCGACAACGAAUGGAUCGAUGUAGUGGACGUGGAGCUGCGGAACAUUCUCGAGCCGGGCAUGAAAUCGAUGAACAUCCGGCCCGAAAGCACCCUGUCGGAGAGUGCGUCCUCGAUGUCACCCCCGUUGCCACCGCUCUCGCCGCACGACGGUUACAACAACAGCACGCAGCAUCAGCAGCAGUCGAGUCAAGCCAACAACAACCAUCACCAGCCAAGCAAACCGGCCGGGCCGAGUGCCGGGAAGCAGCAGAAACAGGAGUACGGCAUGGACACGUACAAUCGGGCCAGCAAAAACCCGCAACCGAUCGGCCCGUCGAAGGGUCAACCAUCGCCGAACACGAUCCAGAACUACAUGAACCACCUGAAGCUGUCCAGCAACAAGAAGCACGAACAGAAUGCCCUCAAAAAGCAUCUAUUUGGAUUGGACACGGACGCGGCCUCAGUCACCAAUACGACCCGUUCACUGGACCUGGAGUCCCUGCUCGGUGGGCCCUGGGACGGAGCGCAGUCGGUGUCGGAAUCGGAAACGGAUGGCGGUGGCCUGCAGCAGAUUCGCAACCAGCUCGAGGGGCUCGAAUCGAUGUACACCGAGGUACUGAAGAUGCUGGGCAACCGGAUGGCCACGAACGAGUCGGCUUUGCGGUCCGCGAACCGUAGCCGCCGCCGGCACGGUAGUAUGUCCUCGCUGCCGUCCAGCUCGAUCAGUGGCCGGCCGAUCCGCGAUCGGCGCCGGAUUGACGAGCGACGGAAGGUGCGCGACAUCAAGGGCAUCAACAAGCGUUUCCAGCGGCUCGAGUCGCACGUCGUCACGCUGGCCCGCAGUGUGGCCCACCUGUCGUCGGAGAUGCGCUCCCAGCACCUGGUGUCGCAGGAGCUCGAGGAACUGCGCAACGAUCUGGCGCUGCUGCGCUCGCAAUCGAUGCACAACCUACCGCUGCAUGCGAGCGGUGCGGCCGGUAACACCAGCGGGAACGCCCGGGAACCGAUCAACCUGACCAAUCCGAAGCGCGUCAAGAAGCUCACCAAAUUCUUCGGCGAAGAUCCGCCGCUCAUGAAGCUGUUCCUCAAGAAGCUUGGCUACGAGAAAUAUGCGCCCAUCUUCGAGAGCGAGCGUGUCGGAAUGAUUGAGCUGCCGUACCUCGGCGAGGAGCGCCUCCAGAAGAUGGGCAUACCGUUGGGGCCCCGGCUGCGAAUUCUGCAGGAAGCGCAAAUUUCACUCUGCCGCGAUACGACCCUCUGCAUCGUCUGA